AUGAUCAAGCGCGCGUAUCAAAUGAUGGAUCUACUAGUUAUGACCAUGGGAUACGACCCUACAGUUUCACAGAACCACCCCGACACAAAGUUUCGUGCUGAUGUACUCAUCAUGGAUGUGUACAAUGUAGCUGGCAUGUUAAUGGCCGAUAAGUUCCAAAUCCCAGUCAUUACCAUUGGGGCAGCAUCGUCCUUGGAACUUGCAGUAGAUCAUCACUCCGAAUGGGAAGCACCCGCAACUUGGGAUCACUUAUUGGAAGGAAUCUACUUGACCAUCCGCCAGAGAUGGCAGAGUUUGAUGUUGACCAAACCAUUAAUGGCUCUCAACUCCAAACGUAGAAAAGUCGGCCUAGAUCCAUUGAAGCGACCAUCUGAUUACUUUUUGCCUGUGGUGGCACUAAUUAUUCAAUUUCUUCCUGACGAGUACGUUGACAAGGUCCAGCAUCAAGAUUAUUGGAACAUCAUUCACGUCACUGGAGCAAUACAGCCACUGUGUGUUCCUUGCAUAUCUACAUACAAGCAAGCAACUGGGUGGAGACUGACCCAAACAAAUCCAACCAUUAUGGUAUCUUUGCCUCCCGAAUACUCGACGCUCGAGACAACUAGCACGGUACUACAGAGUCUCAUUUUGAGUCAACAAAUGCUUAUUCGCAACAAGCGCCCGUCAUUUGCGAUUGUGUGGUUGGACUUUGGUGACGAGAGCGUCUCCUUUUCUGCUGCCGACGAUGAUUUCACUCGAGAGAGUUCUGUCAAUCUUUUGGAUAGUCUUUCUCGCCAUCCUGAUACCGUCAUGGUUCUUGGACACUGUGAUUCUGAUUCUGUGGUUGCAGCCAUUCUAGGGGUCUCUGUCUUUUGCUUCUCCCAAGACGAGGAAACGUCUGGGUUGCUUCCAAUACUCUUCAAUGAGACUGGGAUGAUGGACCCAAAUGAAAUACCAAAAGUCUUGGUGCAGGAUUAUCUUCAAAAAAACUCGGGGGGCGAACGCAAUUACGAUAUUGAUAUUGGUAUGCACGAAACUGCUUCUCGACAAAGAGACUGGCUUCAGCUUGAUGGCUUGUCACAUGUCACGUUCUUGAUAAAAAAGACUGUGGAGACGCAUCGUCGAUCUCAGCCUUGGAACUCAACAGCAGAGAUGCAUAGCACCGUUGCAGCAGCAUUGAAAGGCGAAGAGUCUUUGUGGAGAUUGCAAGAGCAGCGGCAUUGCGAUGCUAUUGGAACACUAUGGGCAUGGUUUGUGGCAUUGGCAACGUUUUUGUAUAUAUUUGUCAAGUCAUUCUCAUCUCCUCCAAUAGAGCGGUAUAUUGGAAAAUACAUGGACAGGUUUGAUGAUAUCUUUCCCGAUAUCGAGGAUUCACUCCGAAUGAUGGAAAAUUGGUGUCUACAGCAGGCCUCCGGUGAUUCUGAGGGGAGACUCCGCGUAGCCAUGCGCAGAAGGAAUGAAAGGGAGAGGAAAGUUUCUUAG